UGGAGCUCCAUGGGUGCAUGUGCAAUAAACACAUGUGCAUUAUGGCCAGCACAAACAGCCGGGGCAUUGCAGGGCACGGAGCAUUUGCUACACCAAGAAUUUUGCUAUCCAAGAGGGAAUGGAGCACAUGGGCGGCUCAGCUGUGCCACCGCCCGCAGCUGUUCCCUGCGUGCAGCUCUCCCGGCAUUUAAAUUUUAAAGCCUUCUCUCCACGCCUGUUUUCUCCUCCAUCUCCAGGAGCUCACACGGACCCAGGAGCCGCCGGCCCGCCAGGCACCCAUGGGCUCACUGGUGGCCAAGCUCCUCCUGCCCACCCUCAGCACCUUGGUCUUUCUCCCCACCAUCAGCAUUGCGGCCAAGCGGCGCUUCCACAUGGAAGCCAUGGUCUACUUCUUCACCAUGUUCUUCGUGGCGAUCUACCAUGCAUGUGACGGCCCUGGCUUAUCAGUGCUAUGUUUCAUGCGCUAUGAUAUCCUGGAAUACUUCAGCAUCUAUGGGACAGCUCUGUCCAUUUGGGUGUCCCUGAUGGCCCUGGCUGAGUUUGAUGAACCAAAGAGAUCAACCUUCAUCAUGUUUGGUGUGCUCACCAUCGCCGUGAGGACCUACCAUGACCGCUGGGGCUACGGCAUCUACUCAGGACCCAUCGGGACAGCCGUGCUGGUGAUCACUGUGAAAUGGCUACAAAAGAUGAAGGAGAAGAAAGGGCUGUAUCCAGACAAAAGCGUCUAUACCCAGCAGAUUGGUCCUGGCUUCUGCUUCGGGGCAUUAGCGCUGAUGCUGAGAUUCUUCUUUGAGGAGUGGGACUACACCUACGUGCACAGCUUCUACCACUGCGCCCUGGCCAUGGCCUUUGUGCUGCUGCUGCCCAAGGAGAACAAGAAAGCCGGGGGGGCUGGCAGCCCUGCCAGGCUCGACUGCUCCACAUUGUGCUGCUGCGUCUGAGCCCCCCAGCAC